UACUGCCACCGGGUCCACGGAGGCUUUUCAUCUGCUGCGCGCCUCUCUUCCCUUUUCCCUCCCGUUCCGACGAAACGUUUCGAUCCUCCGAGCAAAUGGCGAGGAUUCAGCCGCUCAGCAGCUGAACUCGCCAGUCCCCGGCAGAGGCCUUUCCCUUCCCCCCGAUCCCUGCUCGACGCCAUUGGAGCCAGUUCCUCUAGGGUUUCUGCUGCUCACUCUGUCCCCCGCCGGGGAGGAAGAUGAAGCGUGGGUUCGCCGAGAUCACGGAGGAGGAGUGGGGGAGUGUCCCUCACUCCUUCAAGCCCUCCCGGGCCCUAAAUCCCCCUCCCAUCGAGUCCUUCGCCUAUGACCGCAACCCUACACCCGGCUCCUCAGCUCCCGUCUCCGAUUACUGCGUCGGAGCCGGCGAGGAGAGCUUGGAGGACGACGACGCGGAGCUGGGGCGCCCAGCUCGCCCGCUCCCCACGAGCCGCGGCCGCCGGUUUAUCGUGGAUGAUGAUGACGAGGAGGAUAGUGGUGGCGGUGGCGGACCGGCAGAGGGGAACGCAGAGAGCGACGGGGAUUUGGUCGAAGUGUUCGAUAUAAAGUCGUCCGACGAUGAAGAAGAAGAAAGAGGGUGCAAGACGCGUGAGCUGCGGGAGCUGGUGGGGAAUAACGAUGACGCUGAUGAUGAUGAUGAUAUUCUUGGUGGGGAUGACGACGACGAUGGUGUUUUUGAUGAUGGUGGUGGUGGUGGUAGUGGUGGUGGUGGUGGUGAUUUGGUGGGGAAUGCUCUGCAGAAGUGUGGUAAGAUAUCGUGUGACCUGAAGAAGGUGCUCUAUGGUUCGUCUUUCGCUUCGUGCGAUCAUUACUCCGAAGUGGAGGCAUCCUCUAACAGGAUUGUUAAUCAGGAUGAUAUCGAUGCAGCAUGCGGGAAUGAGGACUCAGAUUUUCAGCCAGUUCUCAAACCUUAUCAGCUAGUUGGUGUCAACUUUCUUCUUCUGUUGCAUCGUAUGGGAAUCGGAGGAGCUAUUUUGGCGGAUGAGAUGGGUCUAGGCAAGACUGUCCAGCUUUCUUUACAGGCAAUUACGUACUUAAUGUUGCUGAAACACCUUCACAAUGACCCGGGUCCCCAUUUAAUUGUAUGUCCUGCAUCUCUUUUGGAAAAUUGGGACAGAGAACUCAAAAGAUGGUGUCCUUCACUUACAGUAGUCCAGUUUCAUGGUAGCGGCCGAUCAGCUUAUGCAAAAGAGCUGAACUCUCUGGCCAAGGCAGGAUUGCCUCCUCCAUUCAACGUGUUUCUUGUGUGUUAUUCACUCUUCGAGAGGCACAGUACCCAGCAGAAAGAAGACCGAAAAAGUCUAAAGCGCUUGCCAUGGAGUUGUGUAUUGAUGGAUGAAGCACAUGCUUUGAAAGACAAAAGCAGCUACAGGUGGAAAAACCUGAUGUCUGUUGCAAGGAAUGCGAAACAACGUCUUAUGUUGACGGGGACUCCUUUGCAAAAUGAUCUUCAUGAGUUGUGGUCAUUGUUGGAAUUUAUGCUGCCCGACCUUUUCGCUACCGAGGAUGAGGACUUGAAGAAGCUUUUAAAUGCAGAAGAUAGAGAUCUAGUCAAUCGCAUGAAGUACAUUUUGGGACCUUUUAUUUUGAGACGUCUGAAAUCUGAUGUGAUGCAACAGCUCACCCCAAAGAUGCAGAAGGUUGAAUUUGUUAACAUGAAUCAUCAGCAAGAGGAUGCUUAUAGAGAGGCUAUUGAGGAGUAUCGUGCUGCUUCUCAAGCUCGUGCUACAAAAUUUCCUGGAGAUGACGUGAAUAGUAUUUAUAAAAUAAUGCCACGGCGCCAAAUUUCGAACUACUUUUUUCAGUUCCGCAAGAUUGCAAACCAUCCUUUGUUAGUGAGGCGCAUUUACAGUGACCGGGAUGUUGUUCGUUUUGCUAAGAAGUUACACCCAAUGGGGGUUUUUGGCUUUGAGUGCACAUUGGAGAGAGUGAUAGAUGAGCUAAAGAGCUACAAUGACUACUCCAUUCAUCGGCUUUUGCUUAUUCAUGGUUUCGAUGAGGAAAUUCUUACAGAGGAUCAUGUAAUGCUUUCUGCCAAAUGCCAGGCACUGGGCGAACUUCUUCCCACACUACAUAGAGAUGGCCAUCGCGUUCUGAUAUUUAGUCAGUGGACAUCAAUGCUCGAUAUUUUGGAGUGGACUCUGGACGUCAUUGGAGUUACAUAUACACGCCUCGAUGGGAGUACCCAGGUGACAGACAGGCAGACAAUAGUUGACACGUUUAACAACGACACCUCGAUCUUCGCCUGCCUGCUCUCUACGAGGGCGGGCGGGCAGGGCCUGAACCUAACCGGGGCAGACACAGUGAUCAUCCACGACAUGGACUUCAACCCGCAGAUCGACAGGCAGGCAGAGGAUCGGUGCCACCGGAUCGGCCAGUUGAAGCCUGUGACGGUGUAUAGGCUCGUCACCAGGGGCACGGUCGAUGAGAACGUGUACGAGAUCGCGAAGCGCAAGCUGGUGCUGGACGCUGCGGUGCUAGAAUCAGGCUUGGAAGUGGAGAACGAGGGGGAGGGCCCCGAGAAGACGAUGGGGGAGAUACUCUCUUCGCUUCUGUUGGGCUGAUAUCUCGCUUGCUCCGUAGGGUCACUUUUUGCCUUGUAAGUUACAAUAGAACAAUUGAAUAGAGAGAAGUUGGGAGUGAAAGGUUUCAGGUCGAUGAUAUUCGUGCUAUUCUUCGGUUUACAGGACAAGAACUUUGCUAUCAUCUGAAAAAUGAGGAUAUAUUUAUCAGCUUAGAAUCAUCUGUCCCGAGGAAUAUUGUCCGUAAAAUUCCGAGCGGGCAGAGGAGGAUGAAUUCGUGGCUUGUGUAUUUUUCUAGACGAAAUGUUUUGUAUAGAGCUGUCUGCGGACUCGGAAGAGUUCUGACCUA